UCGAUAAAGCACGACUUCGCGGAGAAAACGAGAUUUUUGCGCGCACCAGCAAAUGCAACAAAAAUAAUUGAAAUAAAAAAGUAAUAAAAGUGCACAAAAGCAACUAUUGUUGGAAAAGUAGUUAAGAAAGAAAUUAUGUAAGUGCAAAGCACUGAAAAUUGUGGCGUUUAAGGCAAACGCAUGGCAAUAAAGAAAUGCAAAUGCGAAAAAAUAUUUUUUUUUUGUAUGAAAGUGAAUUGGCAAAAGUGUGUGUCUGUGUGUGCAAUUAGCAACAUGAGCAGCUGGUUAUUGCUGUUGUUUUUGCUGCUUGCCCAUUGCAACUAAUCAACGCCGUUAGCGUUGCCGCCGACUCAACCGCCGCGUAAUGCAAACAACUGUUUCCGUUUAACCUUAAUUCGCAGCGUCCAACACCAACUGAGUGUCAGAAUCCUUCCCAAUAAUGAAUGAAUAAGUGAAAAACUACUUACAAUAAAAAGUUACAACAUAACCUUUAACGGUAUUAACUUAAAAAUAAAAAGUGAACUUGUGAAACACCAAAAUUAUUUUUUCAAUAAAAAUCAAAUUACAAAAACAACAUUUAAAAAAAGUAAACCAUAUAUUUAUAUAACAAAAAUGGGCGACUACGCGCCUUUUGUGUGCUGAAACUUUCUUGAAAUAAUUAUUAAACUUGUUGUGGCACCCAUUAAAAACACAAAUAUACACCCUGUAAAUCGCACACUUAACCCCGCGUUGGCAAAAUGGAGUAUCUGCUGCUCAACGCCUUCGAACAAAACUACUACAACCAGAUCAAGCAAUUUGAGCGCGUCGCCAAUGCCGCCGCGGCAGCGACAGCGGCCGCGCAGAACACGCUAGCGGUGCGCAACCACACAGCCCUUAUGUCCACUAACAACAACAACACUGCAAGCGCCUCAUCCGCAACCUCUUCCAACUCACCAUCGACCUCCUCCUCCGCGGCCUCAUCUCUAUCCUCUUCACCAGCAUCAGCUGUGGGCAGCAACGGCGCGGCAGCGCUGCCUACCGGCAGCCCAACGGCGAGCAUGCAUAGCAACCACUACACAGCACAGACGAGCCUAGCGCAUGGUAAAGAUACAGCAACGGCAACAACAAAUGGACAUAAAGGUACGCAAAAGCAUGCGGCGGCGACGGCGCUGCAAGCACAACCGCUUUCAGCGCGCCAAAUGCCACAGUUCACCGCGGCACAAGCAGCCGCCGCCAUGGCAGCACAGUAUCACCUGCAACAUUUGCAGCAUGAGCAGCAGCAACAUUUGGCACAACAGCAACAGCAGUUUGCGCUUAAUCGCGCGAGCACGCAGCAUGCGAAAGCGACAACAACAACAGCAACAGCGCAGGCAUCGCCAUCGUCAAGCGGAGCAGCGGCGCAUAUGCAUCUUGCGCAUGUAUCAGCGCUGCCACUAACGCUACCGCCACCGGCGUCGCAUCUGCAGCAACAACAGCAUCAUCAUCACCAUCACCACAACCAGGCGGAACAGGCGCAUGCGCAUGCGCAAUUGUGGCACGCGCGCGAUCAGCAAAACAAUUCGAAUGUGGCAAAUAGUUUGUUUUGGCAACCAUGGCGUGAACUACACCAUCACUUGUACCAACAACAACAGCAACAGCUGCAAAAAGAGGCGCGUAUUUCUUCAAAGGAACUGCCGACCGCGCGCUGGCGCCGUGAGCGACGCUCGCGCGCUUGUGAAUACCCCACUAUAGGCAGUGGCGCGGCAACUGCUGCCAGCAGCGCCUCAACCUCAAGCAGCCUCUCGCCGGCGGGCACACCACCACCGCCUGGUGUCUGCGCUGGCGGCCUAACAUCGCCGGUGAGCGCGCAUCAUCAUGUAGCGGGCUCGCUGCACAGCGGCGUACCGCCACCAAUGUCCAUUAUGAUGGCCGCGGCGAUGCGUCCACUUUGUGAAUCCACCAAUCGUCCAACUCCACCGCCUUCGAACUCCUCAGCGGCGGCUGCGGCAUAUCAUCAUCAAAGCGGUAUGGAGAGUCCCAUUGAUAUGUCAGUGUCAUCGUCAACGCUAAAGCAUCGCUCCUCACCGCCACCGCCGUAUCGCGCGCCUCUCCCAGGCUCCACAUAUGCCACCGCGCUCGCCCGUCCCAGCGUAAUUACACAAGCGCCGUCGAAACGAGAACGCGAAAGUGAACGCGAGCUGUUGGCUAAUCGUGAGAAUGAUAAUCGCAGCAAUGAAUCCGUUUCGACUUGCGAUACGGUCAUCGAUGAGCAUUUUCGCCGCUCACUGGGUCCGAACUAUGCAGCACUCUUUGGCAAAAAGUCACCCGGUCACAAUCCAGGAACACCAUCGCUACAGCCGAGCGCAGUCGCUAUGACAACAACAGCGGUCAUCAAUACGCCCACCCCCACACCACCACCAACGCAACCGCCUUUGGCACCAUCCUCAUCGUCAUCGUCACUACCACAGCUACAGCCGCAGGCACUGGUUGUGGCACACGGCUCAACGCCAGCCGCAUUGCCACCCUACCAUGCAACUGUCGUCGCGCCACAAGCGCUCAUCUCACCAAAGCCGGCAGCGGUGUUACUUUCCCCGGCCGCCAUUUACGCGGCUGCGGCUGCAGCUGCUGCUGCACCUCCGCCACCACAAAUUGAUGCUCUAUCGUCGCAUCAUGUGGAGCAUGUGAUGGCUGUCGAUUUGCCGCCACCACAACAGCAACCAUUGGCUUUGUCCACUACGCAACGCAGCAAUACGCCGCAACCAACAACACCAAAUGUUGAUGUUGGUGGUCCAGCAACGUGUUCAUUGCCGUUAUCACCAACAAACGCCUUACAAACAUCACCGCCACCACCAGCAUUCCCCGCGGUCACACUGCGCAGCCAGACAUCAAUGGAAGCACACUCAACAAGUAACUCGCGCUCACCAGUGGCAACGCCGCAACAAUCACCAAAUUCUAUAACGGCAACGCCGACAAUGGUGUCCUCUUCGACGCCCCAAACAACUACACAGACAGCAACAGCAACCGGUGGCUCUGCAACGCCGCCACCUAUAAUGCCGGCGAUUAUGCGCAUCAAAACCGAACCGGGACUGACGGCAACAAACACGCCGCCAGCUUCACCAACCUCGACCUCAUCGCCCACCAGCAUUACAGAGGUGACUGCUUCCGUGGAUGAUCACUUCGCCAAAGCGCUGGGUGACACUUGGAAGAAGUUGCAGGAGAACAAGGAGGUGCGCAAGUGAAAUACAAGGUGCCGCAGGAGGCGAAAAAGGUUUGAAUACGUAAAUGAAGAGUGAGAAGGUGUGGGCGUUGCAAAUGUGUGAGAGCAUACCAGUAAAAGAGCUGACUACAUGUGAAAAAGAAAAGCAAAAGGGAAUAAAAAAAAUGUUUGAAAAAAACCGGUACUACUGUUGCCUACCACAACUAUUAAUUAUAUUUAAUAGAAGAAAAGAACAAAUAAAAUUUAUAGAGAGAUAAUAGAAACACUGGAGUUACAACUCUACAAUACUCUACAGCGAAUUCCCAAACGUAAAAGUGAAAAUGUAUUAGAUCCUUUGAAAGAGUCUUCUAUCCUAACCUAUGACAAUUAAAAAAAUUGUGCUGUCAGCAUAAACUAUAAAAGUUAUUUCUUUGCUCUAGAGGUUUGGAGAUUAUAAGCAAAACUUUAAAUUCAAAAACAAAUAAUCAAAAUAUAAAAUAUUCAAAAAUGACGCAUAUCUAUAAACAAUUAAAAUAAAUAUACUUUAGUGAUAAAAGCUUGUGGAAAUUCUAAAACAAAGAGUACAUCAUGACAAACUCUAAGCUGCACUUACUAAUACUUUAAGGCAUAUAAGAAAUUUAAAAAAAUAGCAUCACAAGAACGACGUACUUUCUUUAGCCCAUGCAUAUUUUGAAUCGUUCAAGCAAAUGCUUUAAUUUACCACUGGAAAUGAUUCGUUCAAUUUCUUAAGUAUUAGAGAAACAUCGAAAUGCUUGUGGAAUAAACCAUAUGUUUCCUAUUUGUACAUCUUCACAUCCAAAUUAAUAGUUAUCAAAAAGUAAACAAAACCAGCUGAUCCGUACACUAAUGUAAGUUUGCUUGAAUGUCAGUUGCCAAUGCAAUACUAAAAUAAACAUUUCAUUUGGAAUAUUUUUCAGAAAUAUCAAAAUCGAUUAAACUUCUUACUUUUUUUAAUUUUUCUUCUUUUUUUCAAUUUUUUUCCAAUUGUUCUGCAUUAUAAGUUCGACUCGAUUUUAUCUAUUAACUAUUAUCAUGUCACAUACUAGAAAAUUGUUCCCUUGCGUUUCAUUAAGGUACUUUACAUACAAUCACCACUCAUAUGGAGUAAAGACAGCCGAAUGUUCGAAAAUCCUGAUAUUAGUUAUAUGCGGGCUAGGUCAAGUGUUCACCCAAUUUUAUCCAUUUUAGGCAAAAAGAUACACUGUUGUGAGUAAAACGAGCUCUCUCAAUUUUAUUAAGAUACCUCACAUAUUGGGCGAUACAUAGUAUGUGGUAUAAAGUCACCAAGAAAUUCGAAAAUCUUUAUAUUAGUUAUUUACGCGAUUCAAUCCACUUGUAGGACACAGACAUACAGUUGAAUUUUAAUUAUAAAUCUGACAUAUUGACCAAUAUUUUUGGUAAAAAGUCAAGUAUAAGUACUGAGAUUCAAAUAUUCAGUACCUAGAGGCUUGAACAGUUUUUAUUGGAUUUAGACAAUUUUAAGCCAUAAAGUGACAUACUCUAAAGGGGUUAUACCGUUAUAUGUAUUGCUUCUUGAUUUUUACACUCGGAAGGAAAGAAUCAGAUGGAAUUUAAAAUUGUGUUAUAUGGAACGUAGGCGUGGCUUUUAUCCGUUUUCGCCCAUUUUCAUACUGUAGCAUAAAAAUGGAAUGCCACAUAUCAAAUUUGAUAUGUGUUUCACCUAAAUGUGGGCGAUGCCAUACCCAACAUCCAAUUUUGACCCUGGCCCCAUUAACGACCUGUCAGUUUCAUAUCUUAAUUUAGUGCUUAGCAUUGUAUAAGUUUUCGACUAAUGGCGUUUUGUGGGCAUGGCAGUGGUACGAUUACGGCCUUUUCAUUCCCUCACGCCUUUUCCAAAGACCAUGUGCACCAAAUUUCAUUGAAAUAUCUCAAUUUUUACUCAAGUUACAGCUUGCACAGUCAGACAGACAGACGGACGGACAGACAGUUACUCGGAACUCAACUCGUCUCGUCAUCCUGACUAUUUAUAUAAUAACCUUACAUCUAUCUUGAUUAUUUUCAAGUAAUUCAUAUACAUAUGUAGGUGAACAAUAUUUAACUCUGUAGCAACAUGUUGCAAGAGUAUAAAAAUACAUAAACAAGAGCAGUAAAGAAACAGGCCUACUUUGACAUUUUAUGACUUCAGGAGCGGAUCGUUAACUUUAUUUAAAUUAUACCGCGAAUUUAAUUUAUUCACCAAAUAUAAGUAGAUAAUUUUGUUUAUAUACAAUAUCAGCAUUCCAACAGCGAGAUUUUUCAAAAAUUCAAUUCACAAAUUUUGUUAAUGCAAAAAAAUCUAUUUUUCCAGCAGUACCAAUAAAAGUGUGUGCGGUUAAUUAACCAUUAUAUAGUACAUACAUAUAUCAGACAAAUUAGUGAGAGUGAUUAUUGAAUUCGUCUAUUAGAUGCAUACAUAUGUAUGUAUCUUUUCGUCAAUUUGUAUGCAAUGUUUGUAACUCGAAACUAUUAGCAACUGCACAGUACCAAAUAUAAAUGUUUAUUGGUUAUAUUGCUACUUCCUUCAACUAAUGAGCAAUAUUUUAAAACAUUGUUUUUUACAUUUUAAUAACUUCUUGCAUUUUCGGAUUGGUUUAAAAAUAUGAAUGAUUAUUAAUUGUAUGCAGAUGCUAUAUUUCUUAUAUUACAAAUAUAAAACCACUUAGAGAAAACAAUAGUAGCAACUGACUACAAGCAUAUACCAUAUUUAAGCAAUAAAAAAUGUUGUAAACAAAUACAAAAAGAAAAACAAAAAAAAAAAAUAACUAUGACCGUACACUAAUUGAAAUUAAAUUUAAAAAUAAUAUUCAACUGGACUAAAGUACUACAAAAUUUUAUUAUAUAUAUAAUAAAAUAAAAAUAUAAAUAUAAAUAUUAAAAUUAAAAUUAAAAAUAAUUAAACAAGUAAUUAGUUAUUAAUUUAUAAAAAAUAAUUAAUUAAAAAAUAUUAAUAAAUUUAUAAGCAAGAAAAGUAACUGUAUAAAGAUCUCAUUGAAUGCAACUUUUGUGAACAAUUUAAUAAACGCAGAUUUUACGUAAUUAUUACUAACACUAACACAAUGGCUUGCAAAAAAGCAUUAAAAACUUAAUAAAAUUGUAUUUACAUGUUUGUAUGCAUACAUAUGUAUGUACAUAUAUGUAUAUGCGUACAAUAUAAACUCAUAUUCGUUUCAAUUUUAGUUUUAUUGUAUAAGCUGGUAUGGUGAUUUAUUUGAAAAAUUAUUAUACUAUUAUUUCUCGAUAUACUUUAGGAUUAUGUAGAUUUACGGAGAAAACAAAGUUAAUAUUACAAAUGUGCAUAACGUCACGUUAAUUAUUUCUUAAGCAGAACCAAAAGAAAACAAUACAAAUACGUGCAUAAAUAUUAAAAAUUAAAUAAAUUAAAACAACAGAUACGUGUACUAAAUAAUAAAUAUAAUUAUAAAAAUAUCUAUGUAACACAACUACCGUUUCUGCAAUUGAUGCACAUUUACUUUUUCUCACAUUUCAAAAUUAAAGGUAUACGUAGUACUGAAUGUAUGUAAAUAAAUAAAUUAUAGUUGUUACUAAUAUGAGUAUUUCUUAACUUACAAAAUAUUUUAUAUCGAAAUAAAAAUAAAAUAAAAACUGCUUAAUAACUUCACAUAAUAUAUAACUGCAUAUACAUAUGCGUUUGUGUAUGUUUAAUUAAGAAUAUAUACAUUUUAAUUUUGCUAACAAAUAACUUUCUGCAAAUAUGAAAACAGUUUGAGUUUAUAUAAACAUUUUUUAUGUGUGAAAAUAAAUAUUAAAUAAUAUCUUAAUAAGAUGAUCUACAA